ACGAUGUUAAACUGUGAUUAACUCCAUGAUUUCACCGAAGAUGGUCGCGGCACACACCUCCAGCCACCCGUCUGCAUCUGCUGACUGGAUCAUCUGUCUGGAUAAGAGACCAGAGGAGCGUUCAGGGGAAGACGUGGACAUUAUCUUGGUGCGUCUGAAAAGUGUGAAGGCCUUCGAGAAAUUCCACCCGGCUCUUCUUCAGCAGAUCUGUCUGUGCGGCUUCUAUGAAUGUCUGGAGAAAGGCAUCACUCUGUACAGGCAGGGUGACAUCGGCACCAACUGGUACACCGUCCUGUCUGGUUCUCUAGAUGUCAAAGUCUCUGAAACGGCAAACCAUCAGGAUGCGGUCACCAUCUGCACGCUGGGCAUCGGCACUGCUUUCGGAGAGUCUAUCCUGGACAACACUCCCCGCCACGCCACCAUCGUCACCCGAGAGUUCAGCGAGCUGCUGCGGAUCGAGCAGAAGGACUUCAGGAGCCUGUGGGAGAAUUAUCGUCAGUGUAUGGCUGGUCUAUUGGUCCCGCCCUAUGGUGCUAUGGAGAGCGGCCCAAAUGCUGACAGAAUGCCUGAUAAAGAGAAUCUAAGCAACAGUUCACCUGGAUUAUCACCCAAGCACUUAAAUAAGAAAUCAUUCAUUGAAAAUCCCACCAAAGUUCAUCCCAAACCCAUUCCUCAGGUGCCGUCAGAGAAGAUCCUUCGGGCAGGAAAAGUGCUACGAAACAUCAUUUUAUCUCGAGCGCCUCAUGUGAUCAGAGACAGGAAAUACCACCUGAAGACAUUCAGGCGGAGCUGUAUCGGCACUGAGCUCGUUGAUUGGCUGUUGCAGCACACAUCAUGUGUUCACUCUCGUGUUCAGGCUGUAGGGAUGUGGCAGGUGCUGCUGGAGGAGGGAGUACUAAACCACGUGGACCAGGAGCUGACAUUCCAGGAUAAAUAUCUGUUUUAUCGCUUUCUGGAUGACGAAAGUGAGGAUUCAGGAAUGCCGAGUGAGGAAGACAAGAAGGAGAGUGACGAAGAGCUGCAGGACACACUUCUGCUGCUCUCUCAGAUCGGCCCUGAUGCUCAUCUGCGGAUGAUCCUGCGUAAACAGCCCGGCCAGAGGACAGUCGAUGACCUGGAGAUCAUUUAUGAGGAGCUGCUGCACAUUAAAGCCUUGUCCCAUCUCUCCACCACUGUGAAGAGGGAACUCGCUGGCGUUUUAAUAUUUGAGUCGCAUGCGAAAGCAGGCACAGUGUUGUUCAAUCAGGGUGAAGAAGGGACGUCCUGGUACAUCAUCCUGAAGGGCUCCGUCAAUGUGGUCAUCUAUGGAAAGGGGGUCGUGUGUACUCUACAUGAGGGUGAUGAUUUCGGGAAGCUGGCUCUGGUGAAUGACGCUCCUCGGGCCGCCUCCAUCGUGCUGAGAGAAGACUUCUGCCACUUCCUCAGGGUGGAUAAAGAAGACUUCAACAGAAUCCUCAGGGAUGUGGAGGCAAACACUGUCCGUCUGAAGGAACAUGAGGAGGACGUGCUGGUUUUGGAGAAAGCUAACAACAGGAGCUCCAGUUCUUCUCCUCUCAAGUACACUGUGAUGUCAGGAACUCCAGAGAAGAUUCUGGAACACCUUCUGGAGACCAUGAAACUUGAUUGCCAGUUCACAGAGUCAGAUCCUGCUCUGGAUGACUUUCUGCUCAUGCACUGUGUUUUUGUCCCAAACAGUCAGCUGUGUCCACUGCUCAUGACCCAUUAUCACGCUCAGGCGUCCCAGGGCAGUGAACAGGAGCGGAUGGAUUACACUCUCAAUAACAAGCGCAGGGUGGUGCGUCUGGUGUUACAGUGGGCCUCCAUCAACACGGAUCACCUGCAGGAGGAGGACAGCUCCUUCAGCUUCAUUCAGGAGUUUUAUGAGAUGGUGUGUGAAGACUCCAGACUCAUUCCAGCCCUGAAGGACCAUCUGCCCGAACUGGAGAAGAUCAUCAAGCAGAACUCAGAUGACGGUAGACCCUCUCAGAAAAAGCACAAAGUCCUGCUGCGUCAGUUCAGCACAGGGAACGACAGGCUUCAGAAGAGACAGCCCAUCAAAAGCACAGACGAGAUCCUCUUCAAGGUGUACUGCGGUGAUCACACCUACUCCACUAUCCGUGUGCCCGUGUCUGCGUCCGUCAGAGAGGUCAUCGCUGCUGUAUCCGACAAACUGAGCUCAGGCGACGAUCUGCUGCUCAUCCAUCUCAACUCAGCUGGAGAUAAAGAGCUUCUGAAGCCGUCUGAUGUUUCCAUCUUCUCAUCUCUCAGCAUUAAUGGCCGUCUGUUCGUCUGCCCGAGGGACCAGAUCGACUCUUUGACGCCGCUGCCCGAGCAAGAGGGACCGUCUGCGGGCUCCAUGUCCACGUUUGAGCUCAUGAGCUCCAAAGAUCUGGCCCAUCAGAUGACCCUCUACGACUGGGAGCUCUUCCACUGUGUGCACGAGCAUGAGUUGAUCUACCACACGUUCGGCCGGCAUCAUUUCAAGAAGACCACCGCCAAUCUGGACCUGUUCCUGCGGCGCUUCAAUGAGGUGCAGCUGUGGGUGGUGACGGAGGUCUGUCUGUGUUCCGCGCUCAGCAAACGAGUGCAGCUCCUCAAGAAGUUCAUCAAGAUCGCAGCACACUGUAAGGAGUUUAAGAACCUGAACUCAUUCUUUGCCAUUAUCAUGGGUCUGGGAAACCCUGCGGUCUGUAGACUCAGUCAGACAUGGGAGAAACUGCCCAGCAAGUUCAAGAAGUUUUAUGGAGAGUUUGAAAACCUGAUGGAUCCCUCCAGAAAUCACAGAGCGUAUCGACUUACAAUGGCCAAGUUAGAACCACCCAUCAUCCCCUUCAUGCCCUUAUUAAUUAAAGACAUGACUUUCACACAUGAGGGAAACAAGACCUUCACCGACCGACUGGUCAACUUUGAGAAGAUGAGAAUGAUUGCAAACACCGUCAGAAUCAUGAGAUACUGCAGAAGUCAACCAUUCGAUCAGGAAGCUCCGCAGGCGACAGGUAAAAGCCAUCAGGACGUGCGCGCUUACGUCCGCCACAUCAGUGUGAUCGAUAACCAGCGCAGUCUAUCCCAGCUGUCCCACCGUCUGGAGCCCCGGCGGACCUGAAAGCCCCACAGCUUCACCUCCACCUCAGCCAGAAGAUAAGCUAGAGCAACACAGCAGCCAAACACAAGGGCUUUUCCCUCCCGCGCCGGCUUGUCUCAACGUGUGGCUUCGUCUCGGUGUGCGGAUCUGCAGGCUUUCUCAUAUUCUGCCACGGAGGAAGAAGAAGAUGCUGUUUCCAGAUGCUGCUUCUCUUUAUUUACAGGUUUCUGAACAGUUUGAUGCCUUACACUAAUAUUGGCACCCUUGGUAAAUAAGAGGAAAGCUGUUGUUUAAUGAUGUUUCACUCAUAAUAUUAAGAAAUUGUCUUUUUUAAAAGUGCCCUGCAGUGGUUAGCACUGUCGCUUCACAGCAGGAAGGUCGCUGGUUCGAGUUCUGUGUGGAGUGUGCAUGUUCUCCCAUUGCGUGGGUUUCCUCCGGGUGCUCCGGUUUCCCCCACAGCCCAAACACAUGCGCUGCUGGUGAAUUGAAUCAACUUAAUUGGCCGUAGUGUAUGAGUGUGAAUGUGAGUGUGUAUGGGUGUUUCCCAGUACUGGGUUGCAUCCGCUGGGCAGAACAUAUGCUGGAUAAGUUGGCGGUUCAUUCCGCUGUGGCGACCCCUGAUAAAUAAAGGGACUAAGCUGAAGGAAAAGGAAUAAAUGAAGUAACAACACUGGUGUUAAAAGUAGCAUGCACAAACUCUCAAUCAUAUUCAUGACAUGUCAUAUCGUGAUUAUGGAGGUGUCAUGAACACCCUCUUCUAGUAAAGUGUUACCAUGAAGCCCCUACCCUCAUUUAAAAAGAAACAUUAGAUUUUUUUGGUAUUAUUUUGAUCAAAAGUUUAAACAAAGAAGUCAAUUCGUCACAGCUUUCUUUACUCCUAUUUACCAAGGCUGCUAGUAUUAACAGAGGACACUGCGUGUGGUGUGUGUUUGUUUUUUUAGUAGAGUUUGGAAUCAUGAGCUUGAAAGUGAAGUUUUUUUCCUGUCUGAGUUUUACGAGACCUUUUUUCAUACUUUGAAGGAGAUUAAAAGCAUAUUAGCUGUACUGUUGUUCUGUAUUUGGGGUCAAGACGAGUUAAAAAUUAUUAAACGGAUCAAAAGUGAGUGUUUAAAUAAAGUAUAACUUCCUAUUGAUCAAAGAAUGCCGAAUGUGUCACCGUUCCAACCAAAACCCAUACAAAAAUUAAAGAAACAUUACUUUUUUUGGCUCAUUUUACAGCUCACCUGGAGUUAAACAGUUGAAAUGUACAAUUUUUUUGUCUGGCGCACUUUUAGCUUAGCUUAGCAUAGAUCAUUGAAUCGGAUUAGACCGUUAGCAUCUGAAAAAUUUCAAGUUUCUAUGAUUUUUUCUAUGUAAAGCUUGACUCUUCUGUAGUAUUACGUCUAAAAAUAGUCCCCAGCUAGCUAACUAAAUAACAGCAUGUCGUUUCAACCAGUGGUGCAGCAGUAAAGUUCCUUGAUUAUUACGUCAGAAUGAGAGUAUAGUUCCUAGCCAUAUUAGCCUAGAAAAUAGGAAUUUUUAGUUUUUUCUGCCAGUCUUAGUACAUGAUGUUAAAAUAGAAGAGUCAAGCUUCAAAUUGGAAAAUAAAUCUUUUUUUUUUUUGGAGUGAGAUGCUAAUGGUCUAAUCCGAUUUAAUGAUUUAUGCUAAGCUAAGCUAAGGUGAAAGUGCUCUUUAACUCUAGGUCAGCUAAAAAAACGAGUUUUUUUAUUUGUUUUUUUUUUCCAAAAAAAAGUGAAGCGUUCCAUUAAUAUUUUCUCAAAUAAAUGUUUAGUAUGUCAGAAUGAAUUCUGAA